CAGCCGAGCUCGCGGGCAGGCAGCCUGCCAUGGGGUCCUGCUCAGGAGACCCCCGCCUCUGCUGGGCCACCUGGCUCCUGCUAUGCACCAGCCUCCUCCUCGGUGCCUGCAGCACUGUGGCCAACAGCUCCGGAGCCCACGUGUAUCUGAACAGGACCCAGGGAGGCUGUGUGUUGUUUCACGCGGCCCGGGAGGCAGGAGCUGAGCUCAAGGAGAUCUCGUGGGGCUUCGGCCCUGAGUCCGACUACAGAGUCAUCCUGACAGUCUGCUCUAGCACAGACCCCCCCACCUGGGUCAGCCUGCAGGACAAGUAUGAGCAGAGGGUCCACGUGCCCAACAUGACGUCCCUGAGGAUCGACAACCUGACGCACGAGGACAGCGGGCAGUACCGGGCUCGAGGCAGCUUCACCGGAGGAAGAGAAUUUAACCUGAAUUUCCACCUCACUGUCUGCGCACCCGUGCCCCUUCCCCAGAUCUGGGUCACUUCCUCAUCCAUCACACCAGGCUGGUGCAACGUCACCCUCGAGUGCAGGGCCCAGGGGGCCAUGGAGGACCUGAAGGUGACCUGGGAGAGCAAAGGCCUCCCCGAGGAGCUGGAGCAGAGAGGGACCCCGGGACCAGCCCCCAACUCGUGGACCCUGGACCUGAGCCUGCCCCUGAGCCAGCCCAAACCCAGGCUCACCUGUGUGCUGAGCAACCCGCUUGACCAGAAAACUGCCACCACAGACCUUGGGGCCAUCUGUGUCCCUGGUGAGUGCCACCUGCCAGCAGGGAGGGCACUCUCGGAGCACAGGUAGCCCUGGUGUGAGGCUCUGGGCUCUUCUCCCCACCAUGCUUAUUAGCACCAUUUCCACCUGGUCACCCCAUACAGGCGUCUGGGAGGCACGUUUAAGUUGCUGCUGCUUUUAAAUGUCUGUCACAGCUCUGUCCUCACCUACCCCUUGUCCUUUUUGUCUCGGCUAUAGUCUCCAGUCCUUCCACGUCCAUCCAUUGUCUAUAGUGUGUUCACUGUGUCUUUUGGAAUAGAAUUCGGAUCGUGUCA